UACAGACCUUGUCCCACCAUUGGGGUAACGGCAUCAAGUGCGGUAUGCAAAUCCAACCAAGAAGACUUCAUAAAAGCAAUGCAAAUAAUUAAAUAACAGAACGGAGAAGAGAGCACAGAGAGAACACAGAGCACAGGGCACAUAGAACAGGAACCAGAACACGAAACAAACAGCGGCAGCACGGGCCACGGAACCGUGCCAAAUGACAUGCUACUUGAGCUGGCGAAGCUUGGAUUAACUAGCUCCCAGAGAAAUAAAUAUAACACCGAAAAAUAACACAAUAAAACCCAAAACCAAAAACCAAACCCCGAACCAAACACCGUACCAAACACCGUACCCAAUCCCCGCACGGAGGAGCAGCAGCAGGAGGAGCCCCGUCAAGGUGCGACAUCCGACAGAAAUCCUUCGUCGCCGCGCACCCAAUAAAAUGCCCUGUCGGAGUGCGCGCCAAGGCAGGACGGGACUAGGAGGAGGAGCAUUGGGCAGAGGUGUCUGCUCCCUAGUCGGAGUCCCCGGGUUAGCCGGCAUACUGCUGGCAUUUCUGGCAGCUGUCAGCUUUCGUGGCAUGCGUGCGCCGCUGGCAGCGAGUGCGGCGCCCAUGGGGGAGAACGCAUCGCUAAUUGCACCAACAACUUUCGCGCCAACAAUCACAAUGGCCACAGCGGUGGGAGGGCCAGGAGUUGGGGGUGCUGCAACAGUCAUGCGGCUGCGAGGCGGUGGCAAUCAGGCGGCUGCCAUGGAGGCUACAACAGUGGAGCAGCAGCAGCAGCAGGAGUUGCAGCUGCAACAGGAUCAACAGCAGCUGCAGCAGCAGCAGCAACCGGUGGACAUCUGGAGCGAGAGGCCUGACACAGCAACGCUGACAAAGGGCUUUUCAAUACCCACGUAUCUGCCGCCCUUUCCGGACUUCAUUCCUGCCGAUUUGCCGCAGAUACAAAGGAACGCCAGUGCGUGGCCGAGAAGUCCGACGGAUGGCAGACUGAUGCCAUCUAAUGAGCAUCCACCGCAGUCGCAAUCUCCGGCCCAGGGACAGUCCCAGGCCCAGCCACGACUCCAUGCCUACGACAGCGAACAAAAGGAGCUGCAGCUGAGGCGUGAAAAGGAGCUGGCCAGGGAGCGGGAGCAGCUGCCACGUCGCCAGCUCAGUCUGCCACCGAUGAAUGCCACCGUGCAAGCCGGCCAGCAUGCCUAUCUGCCCUGUAAACUCAACCAGCACACAAACAAGCCCCUCUCCUGGGUGCGUUUGCGAGACGAACAUAUCAUUGCGGUGGAUCACACAACCUUCAUCAACGAUGCCCGCUUCGCAUCGCUGCUCCAGGCAACGACAUCCACGGCCCCGGUCCCGGUCCCAUCCACGACAGCCACCCCCACUGCCGUUAUGGUCAUCCCGGCGAAUGCCUCCAGUCCGGAGGACAGGGGCAACGGGAGCAGCUUGAGCUGGACGCUGCAAAUCAAAUACGUGCGGCUGGAGGAUGCCGGCUGGUACGAGUGCCAGCUGGCCACCGAGCCCAAAAUGAGCGCCAAGGUGCAGCUGUUUGUGAUAACACCCCGAACCGAGCUAAUUGGCGAUCGGCAGCGCUUUGUGAAGGCGGGCAGCAAGGUGGAGCUCCACUGCAUUGUGCGGGGCACUCUGGAGGCCCCGAAAUACAUAUUCUGGUAUCGCGGGGAGCAGCAGGUGACGGCCGAGAACGAGGCCAGCGGAGCCCAGAGCGGCUGGUACACCCAAAUCGAUAGGAAUAUCUUUGGCAGCACCGAGCACAAUCGGAAUACGAUUGGCUCGCUGGUCAUUCCCCUGGUGCGCAAGAUCCACUCCGGCAAUUAUACGUGUGAGCCGGAGAAUAGUGCAGCGGUGUCCAUGCAGCUGCACGUGCUUAGCGGGGAGUACUCCGCUUCGGCCAUCAAGUCAGCGGCUGCCGGUCUCCACAGACUGGGCCAUGGCUACAGCAGUCUCCACCAGUGGCUAAUCUUCCUCCUGGUGGCUCUGAACAAGACAUGAGUCUACCACGCCGUAAUAGAA